CCAAAAAUAUUAUUGAGACAACGAUUUGACAGUCAACAAGCAUUUUAUUUAUAUUUUGAUGGAGUAACAAUAUUACAGCUACCAAAUGCUUACCCCGAAACAACUGCAGUAAUUGAAACCCAAACCAUAUUGAAUAAAAUAAUUGUGCAACAAUGUUUACUAGAA